CCGAGGUGUCCACUUUCUCCACUCCCCUUUCUUUCUUCUCCAGCCAGCAGCGGCAGCUCCUCUCUGCUCUUCUUCUUCCUCCUCCCUCCCUCGUCGCUGCUGCAGCCGCUUCCGCCCCCCGCUGCUCCCUGCCGCUGCCGGAUGGGGCCCGCCGGCCGGCUCCUCGGCGCAGCCGCUCUCCUCUCCUGCCUCUGUUUACAUGGGCUGCUGGGGAAUUCCGGCCCCGCGUUUGCUCAGGGCCGGCCGGCGCUCCACUGGAUCGACCACGCGGAAGAAGAAGACGGCGCCGGCGCCGGCGGCCUCAUGCCGCAGCUCUCGCCGGCUGGCUCUCCCAAGCCUUUCGUCCCCUUCCUCGCGCCUACCCCUCUCGCGCCAUUCUACAACAACACCACGCCCAAGUUGUCAGGCAAAUGCUCGCUGAACUUCAGCGCCAUCGAUGGCUUGAUGACCACCACGGCCGUCGAUUGCUUCGCCUCAUUCGCGCCGCUCCUGGCCAAUGUCAUCUGCUGCCCCCAGCUCCAGGCCACCAUCACCAUCCUGAUGGGGCAGUCGAGCAAGCAGACGGGCUCCCUCGCAUUGGAUCCCACCGCUGCCAACUACUGCCUCUCGGAUGUCCAGCAGCUGCUCUUGAGCCAGGGAGCGAGCGAUAAUCUCCACAGCAUUUGCUCGGUUCACCUCUCCAACGUCACCGAGGGAUCGUGCCCCGUUAGCAGCGUUGAUGCGUUUGAGAGCGCCGUCGACUCAUCGAAGCUCCUCGAGGCCUGUCAGAAGGUGGAUCCUGUCAAUGAGUGCUGCACCCAGACAUGCCAGACCGCUAUAAACGAUGCUGCCCAGAAGAUCUCUGCCAAGGAGGGCGCCGUGUUGAAAAGCUACAAUGGGAGUACCAAAGUCGACAGUUGCAGGAAUGUUGUGCUGAGAUGGUUAGCCAGCAGGCUUGAGCCGUCAUCCGCGACAAAAAUGCUGAGGCAGAUAUCAAACUGCAAUGUCAACGGAGUUUGUCCGUUAAGCUUUCCAGACACAAGUAAGGUGGCAAAAGAGUGUAGUGGUACAAUCAAGAACAGUACUGUAUGUUGCAAGGCAAUGGAAAGUUAUGUGACUCACUUGCAAAAGCAAAGUUUCAUAACAAAUUUGCAAGCUUUAGAUUGUGCCUCAUUCCUUGGGAAGAAAUUGCAAAUGAUGAAUGUCAGCAUGAAUGUCUACAGCUCAUGCCAAACAAGUUUGAAGGAUUUUUCACUUCAAGUUGGAUCUCAAGAAUCUGGAUGCCUUCUUCCUAGUAUGCCCUCUGAUGCAUCCUUUGACCCUUCUUCUGGGAUUAGUUUCACAUGUGAUCUGAAUGACAACAUCGCUGCCCCAUGGCCAUCUUCUUUGCAAGCAUCGAUUUCGUCAUGCAAUAAAUCUUCUUCUCCCAGUCCUCCUCCUACUCCUAUUCCAGAGAGGCCUGCAGCAACAUCGGCGCAAAAUGGCGUCAACCAGAACAGAAUGGAGCUGUACCUAGUCAUUUGUUUGGGCACCCUUCUUCUUGCUCUUUUACUACAAGUUUAGUGCACUUUAAUUUGCGGAUUAUUCAGAUCAAAGAGAGCUGUUCGAAUUUUGAACUCCGGAGUUUUUGCUUGGUCAUCGCAUCAAAGCAUCGUAACUGGUAGCUAUCAGUGUAAUUUGUUGUAAGCUAUGAAAAUGUUAGCAAUAUAGUAUUCUUAAAUUUAUUAUUCGUUUGUACAGCGAGCAGAGAAGAGAAAAUUUAAAAUCCUACAUUGAAA